AUGGCCGACUCUUCGCCAUUAUUCACUGGCAGUGAGGUUGUAAUAGUUACUGGCGCUAGUUCUGGCAUCGGGGCAGUCACAGUGGUCCGGCUGGCUCAGAGGGGAGUGAGGAAGUUCUGUUUGACCGGCAGAAACGAACAAGGACUGCAGAAGACGAAAGACACUGUCAUCCGGGAGGCCACUAAAGAUGCGGUGUUUGUUGAUGUCCUAGUUUUGAGAAAAACAAUGGCCGACUCUUCGCCAUUAUUCACUGGCAGUGAGGUUGUAAUAGUUACUGGCGCUAGUUCUGGCAUCGGGGCAGUCACAGUGGUCCGGCUGGCUCAGAGGGGAGUGAGGAAGUUCUGUUUGACCGGCAGAAACGAACAAGGACUGCAGAAGACGAAAGACACUGUCAUCCGGGAGGCCACUAAAGAUGCGGUGUUUGUUGAUGUCCUAGGUGAUUUGAUUGAAGCUCAAACAGCCCAGAAAAUUGUCGACGAUACUAUCAAAGCGCUUGGAAGAGUCGAUAUCCUAAUAAACAACGCCGGUUGGACGUUCGGAAUGACGCCGAUCUUCGAACAGUCGAUUGAAAACUUCCAGAAAACGUUUGACCUGAAUCUCAAAGCAGCCGUUGUUCUGACCAAAUUGUGUCUCCCUUACUUGCGGGAAUCUAAAGGAAACGUUGUAAAUGUCUCCUCGGUAGGAAGUGUUCAGAACUAUGAUAACCUCUCGUUCUACUGUAUGAGCAAGGCGGCUCUGGAUAUGUUCACCAAAUGUCUGGCUUCUGAGGAAGGCAAAAAUGGCAUCAGGGUUAACUCAGUCAAUCCUGGAUUUGUGGAUACCCGUAUCCAUGUGAAGUGUGGGAUGCCCCAGUCUAUGGUGGAGGCUGUGAUUAAGAAUUGUGCAAACACCCAUUCAGUGGGAAGAAGCGGAACUGCCGAGGAGAUUGCAAGCAUGAUCCCAUUCCUUGCUAGCAAGGAGUGCCCUUUCGUCUCUGGGAACAUUACAAUGGUGGACGGGGGCCGCAAUUGCUAUAACCCUCUGUAA